GUAGUCAUCCAGCCGCGAGGAGCGCGAGAGUGCACAAGUGUCGCGAAGAGCUCGUUGACUGUCGCGCUUCGUUUGUUGUUGUGCUGCUGACUUCCGCCUCGUACAGCGAGGACGCGAACCCUUUCUCUACGUUAAUGUCCAGACUUCUCUGAACCGCUAUGUCGUUGUAUGAUGACCUCGGUGUGGCUACAAGUGACACCAAGACUGAAGGCUGGUCCAAGAACUUCAAGCUGCUGCAGUCUCAGCUGAAGGUGAAGAAGGCGGCUCUGACCCAGGCCAAGACCCAGCGGAUGAAGCAGACCACAGUCCUGCCCCCGGUCAUUGAUCUAAAGAGAGGAGGCUCCAGUGAUGAGAGACAGAUCCCAGACACUCCUCCGCAUGCUGCCGCUGGACUUAAGGACACCGUGCCCAGUGGGUUCUCCUCUGGCGAUGUGCUGAUCCCGUUGGCAGACGAGUACGAUCCAAUGUUCCCCAACGACUACGAAAAGGUUGUGAAGCGACACCGAGAAGAACGACAGCGGCAGAGGGAGCAGGAGCGGCAGAAGGAGAUCGAUGAGAGAGAAAAGAAGAGGAAAGACCGGCACGACGGUGGAGCUCCAAGUGGUUUCUCUCGUUUCCCUCCAACGGAGGGCGAGUCGGAUGAGGAGGACGACUUCGACGCGGAGCGGAGGAAACGAACUAUAGGUGGAGCGGCUAUCGCCCCCCCUUCUUCACUCGUGGACAAAGACGGCUCGUACUCCUACGAAGAUGAAGGUCGUCUUGCAAGAGGCUCAAAGGCCGCCAUCCCUCCCCCGAUGUACGAGGACGCAGAACGACCACGCUCCCCCCCCGGACCCACCAGCUCCUUCCUGGCUAACAUGGGAGGUACGGUGGCUCAUAAGAUUAUGCAGAAGUACGGAUUCAAAGAAGGCCAGGGCCUGGGGAAGCACGAGCAGGGCCUCAGCACGGCGCUGUCUGUGGAGAAGACCAGCAAGAGAGGUGGAAAGAUUAUCAUCGGUGACGCUGCAGAGAAACAAGGCUCCAGCCUGGCAGCUGCUCUUGAGACUUCAGGCGGAGGCUCUGCAGCCGACUCUUCCAAGAAGUCCGAGGUCAACCCGCUCACAGAGAUCCUCAAAAACCCGACCAAAGUGGUGCUGCUGAGGAACAUGGUGGGCCGAGGAGAGGUGGACGAAGACUUGGAGGGAGAGACAAAAGAAGAGUGCGAGAAAUAUGGCAAAGUGGUGAAAUGUGUCAUAUUUGAGAUUGCAGUUGUGCCAGACGAGGACGCGGUCAGGAUAUUCCUGGAGUUUGAGAGGGUGGAGUCCGCCAUCAAAGCCGUGGUGGAUCUGAACGGACGAUAUUUCGGCGGGCGAGUAGUCAGGGCCUGCUUCUACAAUCUAGACAAGUUUCGUGUUUUGGACCUCGGUGAACAGCUGUGAAGUCGCGUCAUGUCCUCAGGUGUACAUAAAGCUUUUUAUAUUUGCUGAGCCACAGUGACGUGUCUGUAUGUAGUGCUGAGUCCUGGUAGAUUGUUGUUUUCAUGGAGAAUACCUUUUAUGUAGAGACUAAAUAAAGAGUAUGAACUAUG